GAACAGCGUUUGAACUCAUUAAAUGUUGAUGCCUGGGUUUGCAAUGGCUUUGAAUGGUUGGGUUAUUGUGUGCAGAAAAUUGUGACUCGUUAAUGCAGUUGCCUUUUGGAAAUCUGGCUUCGCAAACGCAGGCUUUCCGACUCAUGCCUACAUUAUCGAAAGUCACUAUAAGUGCCAACGUUUUCCAUGUUAUAGCAAGCCAUGCAGCCUCCACCGAAAAGGAAGAGAUUAUCGGAGUUCUACUUGGCAACUGGCAGGAAUGCUUCCAACCCUUUUUCUCGAGAUCAAUCAGUGGCGGUUGUAGAGGCAGUUUGUAUAUUAACCAGAUCAGACAAGCGUAAGGACCGUGUUGAGAUAUCGCCUAUCCAACUUCACUUGGCAGUAGUUGAAGCAGAGAAAAUUGAAAAGGAGCUAGGGCGGCAGAUCUGUGUUGUAGGAUGGUACCAUAGCCAUCCUCAUAUUACUGUAUUCCCCUCUCAUAUUGAUGUUCGAACGCAACUUUCACAACAAAUGAUGGAUUCUCGAUUCUUUGGUUUGAUCGUAUCGUGUUUUGACACUGAUGUGGAUUUAACACAAAGAUUGCAAAUAACCUGCUUUCAAUCAAAGGACGAUCCAGCGAGAGGUCCAAUACGAUGCAAUAUUCCCCUGGAGAUAUUACCGAACAAUUCGAUGGAGGCACAUACUUGCGAAACCAUCAUCGAUAUUUGUCGCAAAGUCUACGAAGAACAGGGAAAAGAACUUGCGCUGACCGCACAGAGAGUCAAAUAUGACUGUAAAUCAGAUGCAAAACUUGAAGAAACCAUGCUACUGAGUGAAAGUACAAGUGCUUCUACUAGCCUUCCUCAGAAAUUAAACGAACUUUAUAACGCCGGGAUAUAUGGUCAAGAAAUAACCAGUUUAAUAGACAAGCUUGUUCUACCAGCAACUGAAACUACUAAGCAACGGCAUCUAGCGAAUUUAAGAGAGAUAAAACGUUUAGAGGCAUUGUAUCCUGCUCUUUGUAAAAACGAGGAUGUCAUAUAACUUAACUUCUGUAAAGUAAAUCAUAACACCACCGUGUACAUUUAUCGAGCUAGUCUGAGACCGCCUUUCAACAUAAUAAACCUUCCCCAUCUUAACUAAGGCA